AAUGUGUAUCGCUGAUGCGUGGUGUGUCGUCGUCGGUGUAUGCCUGUGUGGUGUAAUAAGUUAUACCACCGAUUUGCUCGUGGCUUUUGUUGCUAAGGUUACACGCAUGUAACGUGCUAUACGUAUUGGAAGAAUAAUAUUAUCGAAAAAAUAUUACGUUGACACAAUAUUGUUUACUCGGAACGCGCUCGUUUUCAUUCCUUUCUCUCCUUACGAUUUCGGAGCGAGACAGAGAAGACGAAGAAAAAAAGAAAGAAGCAGCAGCGGAGCUGGCUUGCAUUCGUUUGCUCUAUUUGGAAAAGAAUCGCCCCGUGUGCGUGAUCUAAUCUCUUAUUGUGGCGCGUGUAUGUUCCAAACUUCGAGUCAGUAAUGUCUGAAUCUAUAAUAACGCCCAAAGAAGAAGAGGAAGUAACUCCUAAUAGUGAUAGCCAAUCUGGUAUUAUUAAUGCAGAAAUUGGAAGUGAGCAAGGACCCAGCAAUCAAGAACCAACAAUCUCACCUCAGCCAGAGGAUGACAAAGAUUGUGAAGAUUCAGCAUACGAGGAAAAAGAGGAAGAAAAUCUUGAUGAAUCUUGCAGUUGCGAUGACUUAUCUGGAUUAGGUAGUGUAGAAAAAGAGAUCCGUCUAGAAGAUCAGUUGGAUUUGCCGGCUGAUGCACCUAUAACACCAAGUAGUCCUACUAUUUGUGUGCCCUUGAAUGAAGUACUGCCUGCUAGAAAACGUAAAAGUGAGACAGAGUUAAAUUUACCUAGUAAAAAACAAGCUCCUAAUGAUAAAUUUGAAAUAACCCUUAAAAAGGUAGAGGAAAGAGUCAAGCCUGGUCGACCAGUCAUUCCGACCAAGGACAAUCCUCCACCAGAAUUGAAUGAUUGGAUUUAUCAAUUUCAAAAAUGGACGAAUGUCGAGCGCCUGCUAGCCAUAGACCAGCUCAUAGAGUGUUGCGAACCGACCCAGGUACGGCACAUGAUGCAGGUGAUCGAGCCGCAGUUCCAGCGGGACUUUAUAUCGCUACUGCCGCGCGAGCUGGCCCUCUGCGUCCUCUCCUUUCUCGAGCCGAAGGACCUGCUGCGAGCCGCCCAGACCUGUCGCAGCUGGCAGUUUCUCGCCGACGACAAUCUGCUGUGGAAAGCCAAGUGCCGCAGGGAGGGCAUAACGGAGCUCAAAGAGCAGCCCAAGCGCAAAGUGAAGUACAGUAGUCCGGCGAACAGCAACCCUACGACCGCGCUCAAUGUCGCCUCGCCCUGGAAGCAGGCCUACAUGCGCCAGCACAACAUCAAAAUGAACUGGAGAACCAAGCCGAUAAGGCCGCCAAAAGUGCUCAAAGGUCACGACGAUCACGUGAUCACGUGCCUACAGUUCUCCGGCAAUCGGAUCGUCAGCGGCAGCGACGACAACACUCUCAAAGUCUGGUCAGCCUUAACCGGAAAGUGUCUGCGUACGCUGUGCGGUCACACCGGUGGUGUCUGGUCGUCGCAGAUGUCCGGCGCAACUGUGAUAUCGGGCAGCACGGACCGCACCCUGAAAGUCUGGAACGCCGAGACCGGCGACUGCAUACACACCUUGUUCGGGCACACGUCGACCGUGCGCUGCAUGCAUCUGCACGACAACAAGGUGGUGAGCGGCAGCCGGGACGCGACCCUGCGCGUCUGGCGCAUCGACACGGGCGAGUGCUUGCACGUGCUCGUGGGCCACUUGGCGGCCGUGCGCUGCGUCCAGUACGACGGCAAGCUGGUCGUCAGCGGCGCCUACGACUACAUGGUCAAGGUCUGGAAUCCCGAGCGAGAGGAGUGCUUGCACACGCUGCAAGGGCACACGAAUAGGGUUUAUUCCCUGCAGUUUGAUGGUAUACACGUCGUGUCGGGCUCGUUAGAUACAAGUAUACGAGUUUGGGACGUCGAGACGGGACAUUGUCGACAUACUCUGAUGGGUCACCAAAGCUUGACGUCUGGAAUGGAGCUGCGCGACAAUAUUCUUGUUUCGGGCAAUGCUGAUUCGACCGUGAAGGUCUGGGAUAUAGUUACUGGCCACUGCCUACAGACUCUUUCGGGUCCCCACAAACAUCAGUCCGCUGUAACCUGCCUGCAAUUCAAUAACCAUUUUGUAAUAACGUCAUCGGACGACGGAACCGUUAAGCUAUGGGAUGUAAACACGGGGGACUUCAUUCGUAAUCUCGUUGCUUUGGAGAGUGGAGGUAGUGGUGGUGUAGUUUGGCGGAUUCGCGCAAGUGACACGAAGCUUGUCUGUGCAGUUGGAAGUCGCAAUGGUACCGAAGAGACGAAAUUACUUGUGCUCGACUUCGACGUCGACAAGUGAAACAGUUCUUGUGUCAGUACUACAACUUCAGCCGCUGCAGUCCUAACUACUGUAAUUAUGAUAACUAUUAUCGUUAUUAUUUAUUUUCCACCGCAACGAAUUGUCUUGAAGCGAAAAACAAAGCAUUAAACUUAUAAAUAAUUAUACAUACGAAAACAUGCGCGUUUGCGCGCGCGCGUGCAAAAACUUAAGCCUGUACAUAAUUUAAACAUUAGCUAGAAUAACUGAUUCUAAUAAUUGUAUAUUGUUUGUCAUCGCAUGUUCAAAUGCGUGUAACUGUGAAUAAGACUGCUUAAUGUGCAAGGAAUUUUUUCAGUAAAGUGUGAUACUCAGUAACAGCAUACGAUUUGCUGCAGCUUUCGUCAUUUUGAAUCAUAGUGUGUAUGUAUAGUCCUCGAUCCUUUAUUAAUUUUUUUUAGAAUUUGUACAUAGAAAUGGAAUUCAAAUAGUCCCAGGAGGAUGAAAAACUUUUUUAAGUUUGUCCAAUAUAACUAUUUUUAUACUUGGUUGUUUGGAUUCUGCCUACCUUUUUUAAUUCUUUUUUUCCACGUGUCGCUUAGUGAAAAUUAGUAAAUACAGCUUAGAUAAUUUUUUCACCGUGAAAAAUGUGAUUUUCGAUUGAUUUUAUGUUACUUGUUAAAUGUUCUGAUGAUUAUUCAAAAUGAUGUAAGGUGCUUCAUUUCCCUAUUAGCAACAAAUUAUUAACAUCUGCGCUUAAUUUGUAAGUUUAUUGUUUUUAGAGAACUUAUGUUCAAAGUGUAUGUUCAGAACUGAAAUCAAUUAAAUGGUAUAGUGUAAAUUAUGUGUUCUAUAAUUAUACACUUGUUUAUUAUAGGAUAUUUUAUGAAUUUAAAAGUGAUAAUACAAUAGUUUCAUACUUUUUUAACUUAAGCAUGGUACUUUCAUUCAAAGUAUAUUUGCUGAGCCGUGGCUUUAUAGGAAAGGUUUCUGAACGCACUUUGAAAUUUUCAAAUUGAUUUGAAAAUCAUAGACUGUAAUAAUAAAAUUUUAGUUAGAAAUUCAUUGAAUUUAUUUUAAUGUAACUCAUUAACAAAUACUUGGAAUGAUUAAAAAUGCUGUUGAUGAAUUACAAAUCAUAUUUCGAACGUCGAGCAGUCUCAAAUGAGUUACUAGAGAUUGAGCUGAUGUGAAUGAAGUAAUUAACAAUUUUUAAUUUACUUGUCGGAAAGUGAAUAACGAACGAUGCAAAUGAAAUAGAGUAAAUUUUUAAUUAACUAGUUUAGAAUUGAAUGAAAAGUUAGCAUUAAUAAAUUCACUGACUUUAGGUAGAAUACGACAAUAUCUGUCAUAUGAUGUGCCGAGAAAAUUUUAUUUUUUCAAAAUUCGAGCAGGUUUAUAAAGCUAUUUGAAUUGACAAAUUAGAUUGAUAUUUUUCCAAAGCAAUUAAUCACUGCUUUAACGCUUAUACCUGUUUGAAUUUAAAAAAAUAAUAAUUAACUAUAGUUGUCAAGAUAUUGUAUGAUUCUCGAGAGCAUUGAGUCUGAAAAACAAAUUAGGAAAUGAAUUGGAUUAAUUGUGAUUUUUAUCGUAAAAGUUGUUACGUUUUUGUUCUGCAGCGCACAUGCCCUCGCCAUGUGUCAAUUAUUUAUGACCAAUAAAGUUGAUUUGUAUAUUUUCUAAAAAAAGUUUCUUGAGUACUUUAUCGUUAACGAAAAAGUUACGAUAAGUUAGGGUUUCAAUCCGUUUUCAUGAUGAAUAAUUAUCCUAUUGUAUGAACGUAGACAAUUUAUUUUUUUACGAAAGCAUAUACAUAGAUCAUAUAAUUAUCCAUCAUGAAAAAUUUGAAAGCAAAAUUCAAGAAAAUUGUUAAAUUUAAUUUUAUUAGGAAAUAUGACAUUUGUUUUUUUCCUUCAAAUUCAUUCAAAAGAUACAUUUAAAAUUUAAGAAGAGCUAGACGGUUGGAAGGUUAAAAAAACUUGAUUACUCUCUGUACAUAAUUGUAGUCAUGUAUAAUUUUUCUACUUGUAAUUAAAUUAAUUAUUUAAAAAACUAA